AUGGCCUAUCAAAAACCUUUUAAAGGGGCUGUCGAUAAAGCAAUUCCGGAUGAGCAGCGAAAGGUAGACGAGCCUACUAACACCGUAAAAGUCGAAAAGGCCAAGAAUACGGGCAUCAGAGCCGAGAUCUAUACUAUUACUCCAGGUUAUUUUAGUCCUCAUGCCUCUGCGUCAAUUUUCCCGGUGCUUUCUCCUCGAUCUACCAUGUUUGAAUGGCAUAAAGAAUGUCGAAGAGUACCUACAGCCGUUGACAAGGUGUUAAUCGAAGAAUACCAGAAGAUGCACAUCGCCAAAAUUCUCAAGGCCCCCCCUAAAGAGAUCUGCGUUUACUCCUCAAUCAUCAAUUUUAAAUGGGCGAUUACAACAAAAGUCUCUAGCACAGAAACACGACACGACAUCUGA